AACCAGCAACAUGAAGCUCCUAACUGCACUCUCCAUUCUUUUCUUGCUAAUCCCAGGAGAUGUGUGCAUGGAAAUCAUUGGUGGGAAUGAAGUGAAACCCCAUUCAAGACCCUUUAUGGCUUACCUGAAAGGGAAAUACCUAUGUGGUGGAGUUUUGAUUAAACCAAACUGGGUACUGACUGCAGCACACUGUUUGGAGAACAAAACAAAUCAGGUUGUGGUUCUUGGUGCUCAUUCACGUUUAAAGAAAGAAAAAGAACAGCAGACGUACAAAAUCAAGAAAGCAGUUCCCCAUCCUCGCUACAACAAUAAGAACUUGGAUAAUGACAUCAUGCUACUCCAGCUGGAUGGUAAAGCAAAGCUAAACACUUUUGUAUCUAUUCUCAAAAUACCUACACGUGGAGAUGAUGUCAAAGCUGGUACCAAAUGUGAAGUUACAGGAUGGGGUUUAACUAAGAAUAAAGGAAAAGCUUCGGACACACUCAGAGAAGUGACUGUCACUAUUAUAGACCGAAAAACAUGCAGCGGCCCUGACUAUUACAACAACGAAAUACAAAUAACAAAGAACAACCUUUGUGCUGGAGACAGCAAGGGUGGAAAGGAUGCAUGUCAGGGAGAUUCCGGUGGACCAUUACGAUGCAAUGGUAUCUAUAGAGGGAUUGUUUCUAGUGGUAUUAAAUGUGGUCUCCCUAAAAGGCCAGGGAUUUAUAUUCAUCUCACAAACCAGUACCUUUCCUGGAUUAAAAAAAUUACAAAACGUUAAUUCCACAAAGCUGUGGUUUUUUAAAAAUACAUCUUAAAUGAUAAUUAAAAAAACAUAAUACCUUGCUUUCUCACAUCUCCUUUUAAAAAUUAGGCAAAUAAAAUGUAACGUUUUAAAACUUGAGUUCAUUUCUGUUUGCAUCACAUAUAUUAAUGUUUUUGUAUGUUGCAUACUCACUUCAUACUCGUUCCAUUUGUUUGCAAUGAACAUCAUGUAUCACGCUUGCUAAAUUUCCA